AUGGCCAGGCUUGCCGGGACCGGUGGCUUCACGGGGCCAGCCCGUGAAGGGGUCCUUGCCCUGCCCGCCCCUCUGGUGUGCACCUCGGCUGUGCUCGAGGCUCUGGUUCCCACGCGGCAGCGGGGAGGCGGCGGGUUCUCCCCGCGCGCGGGGCGGCCGGGCCGCGCUGAGCGCUGUGUCCGCAGCGCGCACGUGCGCCAUGCCUGGGACCCCGCCAAGUCGGUGGCGCAGAACCUGGCCGACAUGGGCCUGGCCGAGGACCCCAACAAGGCCGUCCCCAUCGCCAGGAAGGCGCUGCUGGUGAAGGCGGAUGUUGAAAGUGAUGGACAAGAGAAAGGGAAGAAAACCGUGAUAAAGCCCUAUGUGUUGAAUGAGAUGGAAUAUGAGGCCAGUCUCCCUGAGAAGAAGUCAAACACGCUCUCACGAGACCUCAUUGACUAUGUGCGAUACAUGAUACAGAAUCACGGGGAGAACUACAAGGAAAUGGCUCGAGAUGAGAAGAACUACUACCAGGAUACUCCCAAGCAGAUCAAGAGGAAGAUCAAUGUGUACAAGAACUUUUAUCCUGAAGAGUACAAAGCUUUUGUUGCAUCACUCAAGCAGGAAAAGAUGGAUGUGCAGUGACCACAGAGUCCUUGUUCUCAGCUUUGCCUGCAAUUGCAGACUUGACACUAUCAC